UACUGAACAAUAUUAUAUCUGACUACAUAUACUUAAGACACACUCAGUUAAGCAGCCAACAGAAACUUGACGUUUUUUAUAAUUAAUUGAACAUGUCAGCCCCCGGUCGCUACCGGCCUGUCAUCCAGUCCAUUAUCCUAAUAGUGAAGUUGUCAAAAAUUACGGAAAUUUGAAGGUUUUAUUAUUAAUCGACAUACCUAAACAAACGGCGCAGGUUGAUCGGUGCGUAAUGCGUGGUGUGCACCAGCACCGGAAUUAAUGUCCGAUUGCUUUGUUUAGACAUUUUUAUAACGCUAUAAAACCCGUAGCUUCUUUUAGUUUCAGUGCAACCGACAGAUGCGAUGUGCAAAUCGAAGUUUGUUGCGAUUUUGUACUAAAUUACCAUCGUGGCAAUUAUCGCUUUUGCCAGAAACUUUCUGUCAAAAACACUUUUAAAUUUUCUUAAAUGCGAUCGGCCAAAUUAAGCAAACCCGCAUCAGCACUAAUGCUGCUUUCUCUCGGCGAUGAUUGACUCUGAUUUUCAUUUGUGUAAUAUAAUAAUCUUUGCGGUAAAUUGUCGCAUGAGAAUAGUUCGGCUCCUAGUGCGUGCAUAUUCAAUGUCACUUAGUGUUUUGGUGUAUGGAAUUGAUAAAUGUUUGACAUUUGAUCAGCCAUUUGGAUGACAAAACAUACAACGGAUAAGAUGACAACAGGAACUGCCGCACUGUAUUUGAAAGACGGAAGCGUGUGGCAUGGAAAGAUUGCAGGGGCAAAGAAAAGCGUCGCCGGAGAAGUUGUAUUUCAAACCGGAAUGGUGGGUUACCCGGAAGCCCUGACUGAUCCAUCGUAUCACGGCCAAAUCCUGGUGUUGACCUAUCCCAUGAUCGGAAACUACGGCGUUCCAGGCGAUGAUCUCAACGAGGAGCAUUUCUCCAAGUGGUUGGAAUCAGCCAGAGUGUGGGCUACUGGGUUGGUUAUCGGGGAACUGAGCAAGGAAUUCAGCCACUGGAAUGCUAAACGGUCGCUGCAUCAGUGGAUGGAAGAGAGCGGGGUUCCCAUCAUCGAGGGCAUCGACACACGCGCCUUGACGAUGAAGCUGCGUGAACACGGAACACUUCUCGGCAAAAUCAUUGUGGGCGACGAUCCCGUCGAUGCCAUUCCAUUCAUCGAUCCAGAUGACCGCAAUCUGGUGGACGAAGUCAGCAUUAAAACACCAUCACCACUGUACAAUCCUCGCGGGAAUCCAAAAAUUCUGGCUGUUGACUGCGGAUUGAAGUAUAAUCAACUGCGCUGUUUCCUCAAGCGCGACGCAUUCGUGCAAGUUGUCCCAUGGAACCACCCCAUCCACAAGGAAAUGGACAACUUCGAUGGACUAUUCCUGAGCAACGGCCCCGGUGACCCCGCACUGUGCACAACGCUCAUUGCGAACCUGGCCAUGUACAUGCAGAACCCCCAGUGUAAACCGGUGUUUGGCAUCUGUAUGGGACAUCAGAUUUUGGCGUUGGCCGCUGGUCUGAAAUCGUACCAUCUCAAGUACGGCAACCGCGGACAUAAUCAGCCAUGCGUCCACAAUGGCACCGAUAAGUGUUACAUAACCAGUCAAAAUCACGGUUUUGCCAUCGACACCAAGGAGAUUACACAUCCCUGGGAAAUACUUUUUACCAACGCCAACGAUGGCACCAAUGAGGGGAUUAUCCAUUCAGAGAAACCGAUUUUUUCGGUGCAGUUCCAUCCUGAGCACAUGGCUGGUCCCGCCGAUCUGGAAUGCUUGUUCGAUUUAUUCCUGCAGACAGUUAAGGAUACAAAAAACGGCCACCCGCACAGUUUCCGGGAGCAGAUCAUUAGGAAGUUGCAGACUCCGCCGGCGCCCUGUCCUGUGACGGCGUUCAAGCCUCGCAAGGUGCUGGUGCUGGGCUCUGGUGGGCUGAGUAUCGGACAAGCCGGAGAAUUCGACUACUGUGGAUCGCAAUGCAUCAAGGCACUGAAAGACGAGGGCAUCACAACGGUUCUCGUCAAUCCCAAUAUCGCCACGGUGCAGACCACAAAAGGCAUCGCUACGAAAGUGUACUACUUGCCGGUCACAGUGGACUAUGUCGAACAGGUGAUUAGAACGGAACGACCAGAUGGAAUACUACUGAAUUUCGGGGGCCAGACCGCUUUGAACUGCGGUGUCCAGCUGAAAGAGCAGGGCAUUCUGGAGAAGUACAGUGUCAAAGUGCUGGGCACCCCGGUGCAGGUCAUCGUCUGGACGGAAGACCGAAAACUCUUUGCCGACAAACUGGCAGAGAUCGGGUACCGUGUCGCACCCAGUAUGGUUGCCUAUUCGUUGCAGGAUGCCGUGGACGCAGCGCAGACCAUCGGCUAUCCGGUUUUGGUGCGCGCGGCGUAUUCCCUCGGUGGUUUGCAUUCGGGUUUUGCCAACAACGUCCAGGAACUGACGGAGAUCGCCACGCGAGCGCUCUCGGUGUCGCCGCAGUUACUUUUGGAUAAAUCGCUGCGUGGAUGGAAGGAAGUGGAAUAUGAAGUCGUACGGGAUAUCCAUGACAAUUGCAUUACGGUGUGCAAUAUGGAGAACAUCGAUCCAUUGGGCAUCCACACCGGGGAGUCGAUUGUGGUGGCGCCCAGUCAAACGCUGACCAAUGCCGAGUACCACCUAUUGCGAACUGCGGCCAUCGAGGUCGUUCGGCAUCUGGGUGUGGUGGGAGAGUGUAAUAUUCAGUAUGCGCUGAAUCCGCAAUCGCAGGAGUUUUAUGUGAUUGAAGUCAAUGCGCGACUGUCGCGUAGCUCCGCCCUGGCCAGUAAAGCCACUGGAUAUCCGUUGGCGUACAUUGCAGCCAAGCUGUCCAUUGGGCAGAGUUUGGUGGAGCUGCGCAAUCCGGUGACGGGAGUAACGACAGCCUGUUUCGAACCCAGUCUGGAUUACUGUGUGGUCAAAGUGCCGCGGUGGGAUUUGAGGAAGUUUCCCGGCGUCAGCACCAAGAUUGGAAGCGCCAUGAAGAGCAUCGGCGAAGUGAUGGCCAUCGGUCGUAAUUUCGAAGAAGCGUUCCAGAAGGCCUUGCGCAUGGUGGACGAACACUACGCCGGCUUUGAACCAUAUGUCGAGGAACUUUCUGACGAUGAGCUGAGUAACCCCAGCGACCGACGGAUCUUCACCGUGGCCACCGCCUUGGCGGAGGGCUACACCGUGGACCGUCUACACGAGCUGACGCGAAUUGACCGCUGGUUCUUGUACCGCAUGAAGAACAUCAUCGACUUCCGCCAAGAACUGCGUACGAAGGUGGCUCAGUCGCCCAGCCGCAGUCUACUUCUGUCAGCUAAAAAGCUGGGCUUCUCUGAUGCCCAGAUUGCUAAGCUGGUGCGUAGUACGGAGCAGAUCAUCCGCAACAUUCGGCUAGAAAUGGGUGUCCAUCCAUGGGUCAAGCAGAUUGAUACGGUGGCCGGCGAGUGGCCGGCUUACGCCAACUAUCUCUAUUUGACAUAUCAUUCGCAGCAGCAUGACGUGAUGUUUGACGCGAAAUCUUCUGCUGUAAUGGUGCUCGGAUCUGGUGUUUACAGGAUCGGAAGCAGUGUGGAAUUUGACUGCUGCGCAGUCGGUUGUCUGCAGGAACUACGCCGGCUUGACCGUUCGACGAUAAUGGUCAACUGCAACCCGGAAACGGUCAGCACCGACUACGACGUCUGUGACAAGCUGUACUUCGAAGAGAUUUCCCUGGAAGUCGUCAUGGAUAUUUAUCAGCUGGAGAAUCCGGAAGGAAUUAUUUUGUCCAUGGGCGGGCAACUGCCGAACAAUAUCGCUAUGGAUUUGUACCGGCAGAACGCUGUCAUACUGGGAACCAGUCCCGAGUCAAUCGAUAAUGCCGAAAACCGUUUCAAGUUUUCCCGACUGCUGGACAGUAUCGGAAUCGAGCAACCAAGAUGGAGCGAAUUGACCAGCAUCGAAAGCGCCAAAGAAUUCGCCAACGAAGUCGGCUACCCUUGCCUAAUCCGUCCCUCAUAUGUCCUUAGUGGCGCCGCCAUGCAAAUCGCCUACUCCGUUAGCGAUUUGGAAGAAUACCUGAACAAACCAGGCACCAUCAUCAGCCGUGAUCGACCCGUGGUCAUCUCCAAAUUCAUCGAGAAUGCCCAGGAAAUCGAUGUGGACGCCGUGGCGGCACAGGGCGAGGCCAUCUGUAUGGCCAUCUCGGAACAUGUGGAGAAUGCCGGCGUGCACAGCGGAGACGCCACACUGGUCACUCCGCCGCAGAGCCUGUCGUGGGAUAUUGUCGAACAGAUCCGGGAUAUUGUGGAAGCCAUUGGGGAUGAGCUGGAAAUCAGUGGACCUUACAACUUGCAACUAAUGCUCAAAGAUAACAAAUUAAUGGUCAUUGAAUGCAACGUUCGUGUCUCUCGUUCCUUCCCCUUCGUGUCGAAAACCCUGGACUACGACUUUAUUGCGGCGGCCACCCGCGUCGCUCUGGGCAUUUACGUGGACUCUGCAGACGUGACUUUCGGUCAGGAGAAUCGCAUCGGCGUCAAAGUGCCCAUGUUCUCCUUUUCCCGCCUGACCAAUGCCGACGUGACCCUGGGUGUGGAGAUGCGCAGUACCGGCGAAGUGGCCUGCUACGGGACCACCAAGUACGAAGCCUUCCUCAAAGCGCUGAUCGGCAGCGGCUUCCGCUAUCCCCGUCAGAACAUCUUCCUGGGCAUCAGCAAUCCGGAUCACCGGAAACUCCUGACCAACAGCGUCAAACUCUUACAGUCACUGGGGUACAAACUCUACGCCAACACCGGGACAACGGAAUACUACAAAACCACUCAUAGCAUCCAGUUAGAGGAAAUUGUGUGGCCGACGGAUGGAUCGGAGGCGGCGCUAGCCAAAACCUUUGAUUUAGCCAUCAGCAUCCCCACUCGCCGGGGAAUGACACCGCGACUCUCCAUUGACAGCACCCAUGGCUACCGUCUCAGUCGGUUGACCGCUGAUUUCGCCAUCCCGCUCAUCACCGACGCCAAUUGUGCGCUGAUCCUGGCGGAGGCCCUCACCGCUUUCCCCAAACCACCGCCGUUGCGUUUAAGCACCGAUUUCGUCACCACGCGCCGGCUGUACCGUUUCCCGGGACUCAUUGACGUCCACGUGCAUCUGCGAGAGCCGGGCGCUACGCAUAAAGAGGAUUUCGCCAGUGGGACCGCUGCGGCGUUGGCCGGCGGGAUCACGCUGGUGUGCUGUAUGCCCAACACCAAUCCCCCGGUGACGGACGCGGAAUCCUUGGGUUUGGCGAAGGCAGCAGCGGAACGCGGUGCCCGCUGCGAUUAUGCGCUGUUUGCCGGGGCUUCGGUGGACAAUGCGGCGACAGUCAGCCAGUUGGCGUCGCAGGUGAUGACCUUGAAGAUGUACCUUAACGACACAUUUACCACGCUGAAGCUGGACAAUAUGGCGCUAUGGGGACCGCAUCUGGCCGGGUGGCCGAAGUCCCGACCGAUUUGCGUUCACGCAGAGAGCAGUACACUGGCGGCGGUUUUGUUCUACGCGCAUCUGUACGAUCGUCCGGUGCACAUCUGCCAUGUGUCCAACAAACAGGAGAUUUUGUUGAUCCGCGAAGCCAAACAGAAAGGGAUGAAGGUCACGUGUGAAGUAGCCCCGCAUCACCUGUUCCUCAGUACGGAGCAGCUGGCGACGUUGGGGAAACGCGGCAGUGUCAAGCCACCGCUGGCCACGCCCCAGGAUCAGGCGGCGUUGUGGGAGAAUCUGGACGUGAUUGACUGCUUCGCCACGGAUCAUGCGCCGCAUCUGCUGAGUGAGAAGGACGGAGAGCACAGUCCGCCAGGAUUCCCGGGUUUGGAGACGAUGCUGCCGCUGCUGUUGACGGCGGUGGCGGACGGACGGCUGAGUCUGGAAGAUAUUGAGACGCGGUUGUGUACGAAUCCGCGGAAGAUUUUUGAUUUACCGGUACAGCCCGAUACGUUUGUGGAGGUGGAUUUGGAUGAGGAGUGGGUGAUCCCCGAGAAGCAGGAGUGGACUAAGGCCGGCUGGAGCCCGUUUGCCGGCAUGAACGUUCGUGGAAAGGUUCAACGAGUUGUCUUACGCGGUGAGGAAGUGUACAUCGACGGCGCCGUUCUUGCCCAGCCCGGCUACGGCAACGACGUGUGCAAGGACACCAUGGGCACACGCCCCAUUAAACCCGUCUCGAUCGUCAUCUCACCCGCCAUCAGCACGGAGGCGCCUCGUUUCCGCUCGCGCACCUCCACCCGCGAGCGCACCGAGUCGGCGCCCCAGGAUGAAACUGCCGCAGAUUACGCCGAUGACCAUUAUCCCGAUACCCUCCUAAAACCGAUUGUCCCGCGUAACCCCAAACGCGGUUCUUCCGCCCCGGGCCGCAAGAGCAUUUCCUUCGUCACCAGUGAGGAAGCGGCCACGGCGCCAGCUAAACCGGCCACAACGGUCAACCAGCGCCGCCCCACCACUUUUAUGCCGCACGAGGAACUCAUGGCGCGCCGGCAGUCGCGGUUGUCGGUGGAUUUCGGCAUUUCGGAUGUGGCGGGUGGCGCCUACGGAGGUGCAGUGCAUAUGCGACGCUCCUCCAUGAUCCCGCCGCCGAUGGCCGAGGCGCUGCCCUUCCACUAUCUGAUCUGCGUGGAAACCUUCACGCAGCAGCAUAUUGAGCAUUUGUUUCGCUUGGCCCGCUAUUUCAAGACUUGUGUGCAGAAGAACCGACCCACAGGACACGUGUUGAGCGGGAAAAUUCUGGCAAAUUUGUUCUAUACGGAGGACUUCGGAAGCCAAAAUGCGUAUGCAAGCGCCAUGCACAGACUGGGCGGAUCGGUCAUCUACAUGAAUCCCGCCACGUCGUCAGUGAAGAAAGGUGAAAGUCUGCACGAUACGGUGAUGAUUAUGUCAAGUUAUGCCGAUGUAGUGGUGUUGCGACAGUCGUACGAGAAUCCGUUGGAGGUUGCUGGCUGGUGUCAGCAAAAACCGUUCAUUAAUGCGGGCGACGCGUCUGGCGAAGAUUUUGUGCAAGCGCUGGUUGAUGGUUUCACCAUCUGGGACGAGAUCGGUACCAUCCGGGGCUGUGUCGUCACCCUGUCCGGCAACCUAAAGAGCGGCCCGGCGCACUCGCUGGCUAAACUGCUGGCAAAAUGCCAGGUCGGUGAGCUGCGCUACGUGGCACAGGAACAGUGCGACAUGCCGGAGGAGGUCAGCCAGUAUAUCGACGAACUGCACACCACACCGCAGCGUCUAUUCACCAGUCUGGAGGAGGCCCUGCCGGAGACCAACAUUCUGUACAUGGCGCCGCUGUACAACACCGGAACGGACGCUGCUGAACACCGUCGUCUGUCGCUGACGCCGGAGCGCAUGACGCUGGUCAAACCGGAAUCGCUGACUGGGCCGAAAUUCCGCAUUCUGCAUCCGCUGCCCCGUCAGCAUGAUAUUGCGCCGCAGAUUGAUAAGGAUUCACGAGCGGCCUACUUCCGGCAGGCGGAGAACGGGGUGUACGUGCGGAUGGCCAUUCUGGCUGUGCUGUUAAAGGGGCUGAUUGAGCGGCGCCCCUCGGAAACUACGGAGCGGACACUGGCUAGUUUCCGCCGUCGAAUGAGUUCGCAUUCGUCCAGGAAAUCGGAAUGAGUGGGAUAGUACCGGUGGACGCUUGUCUACCAGCAUGGCGCAGUCAGUUUUCAUCGAAAAUUUCGUUGCGAAAUAUUCCAUUAAAUUUUAUUCGUGAAUUUUAUUCACCGGUGUUUUAAUUUUAAUGUCUUUUAUCCGCUCGCAAGUCCUGUCUAUUUUGCAUUAUUAUCUUUCGGUGCAUUUAUUUAGCAAUAAUGUCAGUUACAAGCACUUCGCGAUGUACUGUAAAUGUUAGCUUGAGCGUACCGUAGAAUGUGCAUUAUUUGCUUAAUGAUUAAUAUUGACUAUGAUUAAUUUAGUGAAAAUUCACUUCUAAAUAUGCUCUUAAUUGCACAACUACUGUACAAGUUCUGUACUGGUAAUCAAUGUUCCAUUGCUUGUGAAAUUUGUUGUAACAAAAUCAUACUUAAUUCUUUUCCAAUGAAGCGCCCUUAUCAUGU